AGAAGAUAUAAUUUAAAAAAAAAAAAAAAAAACCAAUCCUUUAAAAGCAACGAAAGAGGAAUUAACAACAAAUUUGCGAAGCGGCAAAAUUGCAAAGUAACAGUUGCGAAGUGACAGUUGCAAACGCUUGACCAUCCCUUUUGCGAGCCAAAAAAUAAAAACGUAGAAGAAAAUGCCGAAGAGUUACAGGAAUUACUCCAAAACGGCUAGGAACCCAAAGCGUCCCUUUGAAAAGGAACGUUUAGACCAGGAGUUGAAGCUAAUCGGUGAAUACGGACUUAAGAACAAGAGGGAAAUAUGGAGAGUGCAAUACCUUCUAGCAAAAAUCCGAUCAGCUGCCAGGUAUCUGUUAACCCUAGACGAAAAAAGCUCCAAGAGAAUAUUCCAAGGAGAGGCCCUACUAAGAAGAAUGGUGCGUCAAGGAUUACUGGGAGAAAAUGAAGAAAAGUUAGAUUACGUGUUAGGGUUGACUUUACCUAAAUUGUUGGAGAGAAGAUUGCAGACAAAGGUUUUUAAAUUAGGGUUAGCCAAGUCAGUGCAUCAUGCUAGAGUACUAAUACGACAGAGACAUAUCCGAGUGGGAAAACAAAUGGUGGAUAUUCCUUCCUUCUUAGUUCGUGUGGAUUCUGAGAAGCACAUUGACUUCGCCACAACGUCUCCCUUUGGAGGUUCCAGACCAGGAAGGGUCAAGAGAAAGACUUUGAAAAACCAAAAGGAGAAGAAUGAGGAGGAAAAUAACUGAUCGUAAUGAGGGUCACCGUGUGCCCUACCAGAGAU